AUGAGCGUCCAGUUUGCCAUCAAGCCCGUCAAGAAGAAACAAAAGAGGACCCACUUUGCAAUGACCGACACGAAUCGAGAAGAGCUAGCAUGGCCAACGGAUCUAGGCAAUCGUCCCAAGGGCUCGUCAAUGUCAAUCAGACCCUCCUACAAGCAACAGAGAAACAAAAAGGACCGUAUCCAGAAUGCAGAUCGUUGGAAUGUAGAGGACGCAAGGCGUUCACCCAAAAGUAACAGUGGUAGCUCUGACCACAGCAGAUCUCAACAUAACACUAAUGCUUCGUCGUCACGGGAACAUAGUCCAAGAGGUGUCGCCAAGUCGCAAAAGUAUAAGCCUUCCUUUAUACCACCACCGUUAGCCUCCAACAAAGCAUUUAGCGGUUCAAGGGAUUACACAUCAUCAAGUAUCAGAGGGAUGGGAGCUAUUGAGGAAAGCGAGGAGGAAUUGCGCAAGAGGGAACUUCGAGCUCGACGAUUUCAAAAUGAUCAACCCAUCAAACGACAAUCCACUAAGGAAAAGGAGGAAAAGGAAUGGGACAUGGAUCGAAAGAUUGUUGGCACUUGCACGGAUCUUGAGAAGCCAUACUUUCGUUUGACUUCGGCACCUGAUCCAUCUACGGUGCGCACGUUAGCCACGUUGAAGAAGACACUCAAGAUGCUAACGGAGGCAUGGCAAGAGGGCAGUCAUAAUUAUACCUAUAUAUGUGAGCAGUACAAGUCGUUACGGCAAGAUCUUAUGGUACAACAUAUUCGCAACAAGUUUACAGCAAAGGCAUACGAGCAUAAUGCACGGGUUGCAUUAGAAAUGGCGGACCUAAGCGAGUAUCAUCAAUGCCAAACACAGCUUAUGUAUCUUUACAUGGAAGGUGUCAAGGGAUCAGUGGGAGAGUUUGUGGCAUACCGAAUUCUAUAUCUGAUUUAUGCUGGAAGUCCAGGAGAGCUGAACACGUUUGUGCAACAAAUCAAGGAGUUGGAAGAGAAAGGUCGCAAGAUGGGAUUGGAUACGACGAACGUGAAGCAUGCAUUGAAUGUACGUGAAGCUCUUGCCAGGGAUGAAUACCACAAGUUCUUUAUGCUCUACCGGCAAGUACCAGAUCGGGGAGGCUUUUUGAUGGACAAGUUUGUGAAUCGUACAAGGAUACAAGCAUUAAAAAUGUUAUGCAAGGCAUACCGAUUGGGACUUGAGUUGUCGUUUAUUCUUAAGGAGCUUGCAUUCUAUUCGAGGGAGGAGAUGGUGGAGUUUUUCAGACAACAUGGUGUGCAUGUACGUGACGAUGAUGAAUCAUUGGAUACGAAGGCGGCUAUGCCACAGUUAAUUGAUCAAGGGAAAAAGUACAGCAAAGUGGAUAUCAAAGGACAGCUUUAA